UUCGAAUUGGAUGCUUUUUAAAUGAGACAAUAACUAUUGAAUAGUUUUCAUGAGACUUGUGUGCAAUAUGGAUGAGUAAUUAAGUUUUUUGUCCCUAAUUUCAAUAUUUCGCUUGUGAAAAUCUCUACCGCUUAUUUUAAUUGAAGUAUCAUAAAAUGUUUUCUUUUCUUGAAGAUUGUUUUCUAAGCGAAAACACCUUAAUUUAUCUUUUUGCCAUACAAAAUGUGUUUUUAAGUAAACUAAUAAGCAAAGAAAAAGUAGGAUUAUUUCGUUAAGCCUAUAUGUUUUUUAUAAUUGGUAUUUUUUGUUUGUUUUUUUCUACUACGAAUUUUUUUCAAACUACUUCUUUUUAGACAACUUAUCAUUAUGGCAUUACAAAUCAUCAUGAACGUUACAAGACUUUUGAAAAUUCCAGGUGGCUACGUACAACAAAUUAACUUAACGGGAAUGGGAAAGAGAUUUUUUUCUGAAUUUUCAUCUGAAAUAACGGCAGGGGUCGCUAUAAUUGGAAAUGAGAUAUUGAAAGGUAUUACAGAGGACAUUAACACUGCUUUCCUCAUCAAAAAUUUAAACUCUGCUGGAAUCAAAGUUAAGAAAGUAGUGAUUCUUCCAGAUGAAUUGAAUGUUAUCUCUAAAGAAAUUUUAGAACUUUCCAGCAGUUGUUCUGUUGUGUUAACUAGUGGUGGAAUAGGACCUACUCAUGACGAUGUAACAUACGAAGCGGUUGCCAAAGCUUGUGACGAAAAUCUUUGUUUAAACAAAGAACUGUCUAACUUGUAUUCCAACUAUUUUGGGACUGGAUCCGAUCAGAAUCCUGCAAUAGUUAAAUUUGCUUCUAUUCCUUCUUCGGCUGUUUUAAAUUUCGGAGAGUUUAAACUUAACGAUAAAUCUGUUAAAUAUCCUUUGAUUUCUGUCAGAAAUAUAUACAUGUUACCAGGAGUUCCUAUGCUGUUACAGAAAAGUUUUGAAAUUUUCAAAAGUAGUUUUGUACUUCGCAAUAAACCUUGUUUCGUGCGAAGCAUUUAUCUAACAGUUGAUGAGUUUUCUGUGACGCCUUUGCUAAAUAAAGUUGUAAAUGAAUUUAAAGAUAAAGUGCAAUUUGGUUCGUAUCCAAUUUUUAAUGAUAAUUAUCAUAAAGUAAAGUUUGUACUGGAGGGAUCGGAGGAACAUUCUGUAAAAGCAGCUGAAGAAUACAUUAGAAAUAAUUUGCCUAACGGAAGCAUUAUUGAUAGAAAAGAAAAUGCUCUAUUAUCUGCAAAAGAAGAUGUGUAUGCAUAUGCCAGGCGAUCGUCAGCUGUUGCAUCAGCAAUUUCUUUUAUAGAAGAAACUUUGGAGGCGUACAAAUUGUCCGAAAUCUGUUUUUGUUUCAACGGUGGCAAAGACUGCACGGCGCUGUUGCAUUUAUUAUACGCAUGUGUGCAGAAACAGGGUUCAGAAAAAUGGCACCAAAUGCAGACUUUGUAUGUAAAAAGUGGCGAUACGUUUAAUGAAGUUGACAAGUUUGUUCGGAAUACUAUUAAUUUGUACUCUCUGAAUGUGACAAUAAUAGAAGGGGACUUGAAGGAAGCAACUAUUGAGUUUCUGAAAAAGAAUCCUCAGCUGAAAAUUUUCUGCAUCGGCACCAGAAGGUGUGAUCCCGGUGCUGAGGCUUUAGAUCGUCUUUGUCCAACUGAUUCUGGGUGGCCUGCUGUAAUGAGAAUGCUUCCCCUUUUGGAUUGGUCUUACAAGGACAUUUGGACAUUUUUACGUGAUUUGCAGAUUCCCUACUGCAGUUUGUAUGAUCGUGGUUAUACUUCUUUGGGUGAUAGAUCACGUACAAUGCCCAAUCCUGCGUUGGUAAAUAAGGACAAAAAUGGCCGCGUUUUAUAUAAACCUGCGUACAUGUUGGAAAAUGAAAGUAGUGAACGGAACAACCGAUGUUAGAACUCAUUUUAUAAAACAUAUCUUCCAAAAUAAAUAAAUGAUGAUGACAAUGUUGGCCUUCUUUGGAUUAAAAAUCAAAUCAUCGAUUAUCAAAUAUGCGAU